UCGAAAACAACAGUUCAGCGGCUUCCCACGCCAUCUCCCUCCCUCACCGACACCUCCCAGAGAGAGAGAGAGUGACUGGCGAGUGAAGAGUACUCGAAGAAAUCGAAUCUAACCUCCAUUGAUUUAAUCUUCUCUCUUCUCAAUUUCUCAUCUCUUCCCAGGGUCAAGACAGAGAAAAUAUAAUGGCCUCAGAGAGGGAAGACUUCAGCGUUUCGGGGCCAUUGCAUCUAGAUGUUGUUAACUGGGAUAAUGCGGACCAUAGGAGGUCUGUUGCUGCGUGUUUGGUCCAAGGUGUCUACAUUUUAGAGAGAGAUCGACAGGAAAAGCGGCAGGGAGAUGAAGCUCUUGCUCCUCCAUGGUGGAAAUUCUUCAAUUUCAAGUUAUAUCGUCAGCUUGUUGACGAUGCUGAUUCCUCUAUCUUUGGUGCUGUUUAUGAAUACACACCUCCGGGGUGCAAUAGCAAUGAGCUAACAGUUAAAUGCCCACGCUAUGCCAUUGCUUUCCGAGGGACCAUUACAAAAGGAGAUGCAUUUUCACGAGAUUUGGAGUUGGAUAUGCACAUUAUCAGAAAUGAACUUCAUUUCUCUUCUCGCUUUGAGACGGGCAUUCAAGCUGUGCGAAACGUGGUUGCGACAUUUGGAAGUUCAAAUAUCUGGUUAACUGGUCAUUCCCUCGGGGCUGCUAUGGCAAUGCUCGCUGGUAAGACUAUGGCAAAGACGGGAGUGUUUCUUGAAGCCUUUCUAUUUAACUCACCGUACUUUUCAGCUCCAGUUGAGAGAAUCAAGGAUAAGAAAGUCAAGCAUGGCAUCCGAAUCGCAACUAGUGUCAUCACAGCUGGUCUUGCAUUUGCUUCAUCUGUGAAGAGUAACAACCGGCAGAAGAAUCUAUCAAGAGAUUCUUCUUUUGCUGCAAUCUCGAGAUGGGUGCCAUGUCUGUUUGUGAAUCCAGCUGAUCACAUAUGCUCAGAGUACAUUGGUUAUUUUGAACAUAGAAAAAAGAUGGAGGAUAUCGGAAUUGGGGCUAUCGAGAAAUUAGCAACCCAACACUCUAUCGGGGGUCUUUUUAUGAACGUUUUGGGAAAGGACACUGAAGAACCAAUGCACCUUAUUCCAUCAGCAGCUUUAACGGUCAACUUGACUCCUUCACCGGACUUCAAAGAAGCUCAUGGAAUUCACCAGUGGUGGAGACCUGCUCUCCGCUUGGAUUCCAAAACCUACCUGUACAGUUAAGAUCUCUCGUCUUGUUGAUUUACUUUAUGCUUCUUUAUCACUCUCGAUAAGCUCUUAUUGUGUGGCAUCUUCUUGGCAGUACAUAGAUGAACCUGUGCUUUUAGUAUUUAUCUUCAAUCUUAUUGCUCCAUACUAUAUUAUUCUAGUGAUAGGAAACAAGAAAUAUCCGGGUUUUCAUGCAUUUUAUGCUUAUGGAAGUAAUAAGAAAUUUCAUGACUG